AUGGAGAAGUUGGUCGACGUAGCAGCUAUUAGUGUGUUUUGGGCCGUUAAGGUUAAAGACGAAGAUCCAGUACCUGCACUUCUGGAAGAUAUUUAUCAUACCUUGCAAUUAUGCUUUGAGAAGAAGGGGGAUGCUGAUAUGGUUGAGAGGAUGAAUGGAUAUGAGUGGUCUCAAAAGCUGGUAGGACUCACCGAAAAUGCCAUUAUUUGGUACCCCCAUGGUUUGAACUUAGGGGAUGCAAUUACUAGUUGUGGAGAUUUUCUAAAUGUACCAUUGAUAGGGUCAAAGGGUUGCAUUAACUACAAUCCAGUCCUAGCAGUGAGGCAAUUGGGUUAUCCUAUCACAUACAAGCCAGACGACCGGUUGUUAGAAGGCUUUGUGUUUCAUGAUAUGGAAGACCCCAUUAUGUUGAGAAGGGUUACCCGAGCCUGGGAAAAAGUUUGCUUCAGGGGACAAGACAAAGGAAAAAAUGUUAUAGGCGAUAAAGAACCUUAUUACCAGUGGGUCAUGAAGAGAAGUCAAGAGGUCAAGUUGCCAUUCAUCCUUGAUCCUCCUACUCAACCUCCACCACCAGAACCUAUCCCUAUCUCCAUUGAAGAGGUGGAAGCAUUAAGGGCUACUAUAGCAAGACUUGGGCGAGAAAAAGAGGAGUUGCAGAUAAGCCUUCAACAAGUUUCAAAUGAAAGGAAUAAGAUGAAGUGGGAACUAGAGCGGAAAAUGGCUCAGCUAGAGGAAACUGAGGAAAAGGUCGAUAAAGAAGAGCAUAAGAGAAAGAAGAUGAAAGUAGGCAUGGAACAAGCUGACCUCUACUUAGAAACUAUCAAAGAGCAGUUGAAACAAGUUGAGAAAAAAUGCCAAAAGAAUAACCGAUGGUGGCUACGUGCAACAAAAGAAAAGAAGGAAGUUAGAGAGGCAUUGGAAGUUAAGAUACAUGAUCUUACUGUCUCCCUUCACCAUUCUUAA